ACCAGCCUGUUCAGAAGGACAUCUCUUGUGUAUGUGUGUGUAUGUGUGUGUGUGUUUUUAAAUUUUUAAUUAAUAUUUUUUAUUUUUUAUUUUUUUUUAAAUCUCCUUGUGUGAUUUAUUCCUGCCGACCGACAAGCAUGCAGGUGUCUGUGGCCCUCCUCGUCUCCAGUUCGGCUUUCCUGCUGCUCCAGGGAUGCUGCACCGCUGUGAAGGGAUGGAAGGUUUUAAAAAAUGAUGGCACGGAGAUUUUACCAGAACGUAGAGAAAAUACGCGGACGCCGCUGGAGGCAAUACUACAGCCGUCCAACAGCAACAAUAACAACAACAACAACAACAGCAACGCUAUGAAUAACAGGGCAAAAAACGGCGGACGGGCGGCAAACGCAGUUUCCUACAGUGCCUCGGAGGUGAGCUGCAGGGAGCUGCGUUCGACCCGUUACAUCACCGACGGCUCUUGCCGCAGUGCCAAACCUGUCCGAGAGCUGGUGUGCUCGGGUCAGUGCCUGCCGGCGCACCUCAUGCCGAACUCCAUCCUCCGUGGCAAGUGGUGGAGAAGCAGCGCCUCAGACUACCGCUGCAUCCCGGCGCACUCCCGGACACGCAGGGUCCAGCUGCAGUGUCCCAACGGCAACACUCGGACGUACAAAAUCCGCGUGGUCACCUCCUGCAAGUGCAAGCGUUUCAGGCCGCAUCACAACCAGUCGGUGGCCAAGGAGGUCCCUAAGACGCAACGCAGCAAGAAGCACGGCCGUUUGCCUCAAGAUCGGAGCAAGAACAACACGCCUUUGACGGGGAACUCAUAUUGAUCCUCCCUCUUGGCAUCCCGGGACAGAGGACAGAUAUACUCAUACUCACGCACACGUUACACAACACAUCAACCAACAUAUCUCCUUCAAAUAGCGAGGAGAUACAAUUUCAAAGACUGCAAAUCCAUAAGCUAAAACGCUGGACUGAUUUAAGUCGUCAGUCCAUAUAUUGUUCAGCCACCUGUCUGCAUAUUUGUGAACUUGGCUUUUUUGCAUGACAAAAUGAGUCAGUGCCAGGGCUUGCCAUGAAGAUGAAUGGUGUUUGAUAACCCCAACAGCUCAGACUUCCACUCCAACAGCUUUUCUUUAUGAAAAAUAAGAACUCCUCGAGGUUUCAGACCCAUCUGUACAAACAUCCAGCAGAUGCAGACGUACGCUCGGUGCAGCUCUGUUAAAAGCUGAAAAAAGGUGUAUCCAGUGCUCCAGAGUGGUUGUAAUCCAUCUCCUUUCAGCUGUGUGUGGAGAGGAGAAGGCGGCAGUUCUGGGGUCUCUGAUGGAGGCAUGUUGACAGGUUUUGAGAGGCCCUGGUCUAUACUGCGGUCCAGGCGGUUCUUUGACAGCCCGCUAAAGGCCUCACUCAUCAGGACAGACCUACAGCACUCUCCACGCUGCUGAAGCCCUGACCAGCCCUGUCAGUUACGGUAGUGCUUUCCCCACAAGUACACGCGAAGAAACAGAGAAGUAGAGGAGAAAGCAGCACUAACACCACAAGGGCACCGGGCCUUCCUGUGGCUCCUCUUAAUCACUAAAUGAGCCCAUUCCUGUGCUGGGAUUUGAGUCAUAAAAAAAAGCCUCUUCCUGUCGUCAUAGCCGGUUCCUGUUUGCUGGAAUCACACACGAAAAAGUGCACAUGGUGUGUAGGAGGCAUCAGAAAAUGUGCGUGGUUAUGUUGUUACCUAGGGGCAAAGCGCUCUCCAGCACACCCACACUGGAAUU